AUGAGAGCAGGGAUUAUAGAGAAAUAUUGCCGCAAGGUGGACCGGCGGAUUCUGCUGUACGCUGUGUGUCUGUGCAUUCUGAACCAGAGCGACCGUGGGUCCAUUGGCGUGGCCAAAGUGGUUGGGCUUGAGAAGGACCUGGGGAUGGAGCACAACGACUUUAACAUCGCCGCCACGCUGUUUACUGUCGGAUAUCUGUCGCUUGAGUUCUUCUCCAACUUUGUGCUAAAGAAAGUCGGCGCGUCGCGGCUACUGCCAACGCUUGGGAUCCUUUGGGGUAUUGUGUGUACGCUGCAGGGAGUGAUCAAGACGAAGACGCAGCUGUUUGUGAUGCGCGUGUUGCUGGGCAUGUCCGAGUGUGGAUUCACGGCGGGCAUGCUAUUGAUAAUAUCGUUUUACUACCCGAAGAGCAAGCUGACGGCGCGGGUCGGAUUCUUCUACCUCAGCUCGCCGAUCGCCAACUGCCUGUCAGGGCCGCUGGCCUCUGCCCUGUCGCACAUCAACCACCCGACGAUCAAGCGGUGGCAGUGGGUGUUUCUGCUCGAAGGCAUCAUCACCAUUGUUGUUUCACUCUUUGGAUACUUUAUCCUGCAGGACCACCCGGAGAAAUGCACAUUCCUGACACAUGAGGAGAAGCGAUUUAUUAUCGACUACAAGCGAAAGGAGAGAACCCUGGGUGGAUCCGAGAAGUUGUCCAUGAAUGAGACUAAGGAGGCACUGAUGGACUGGCAGCUAUGGUGUCAGACGCUGGCGACGCUGGCCAUUUGCAGUGCCGGCAAUAGCGUCACGGUGUUUGCGCCUGAGCUGAUCAACGAGCUUGGGUUCACUGCUGCGCAGGCGCAGGCCAUGAGCGCGUUACCAUCGGUAUUCGGGGCUGUUGCGAUCCUCUUUGCGGGGCGCAUUGUGCGCUGGUGUGGUGGGCACUGGCGGGCUGGCAUUCUUUCCUGUGCAACCGCACUGGUAGGCAGUCUGCUGAUGGCAUGUACACUUAAUGUGCCAGUGCGUAUUGUUGGCCUAUGUCUGGUGGGUACGGGUGGAAAUGCUGGCCUUGGCAUCCUUCCAGGGUGGAAUAUCUCGGCGAACUCGAAGACUGUAGCGCACUCGGCGGUGGCGUCGGGGAUGACCGUGUUCAUGGGGUCAAGUUCAUCGUUCAUCUCAUCAAACAUAUUCCUCAACUCAGAUGCGCCCAGGUUCAUCAUUGGACACAUGGUCAACGCAUCGCUGAUGGUGGUGGGUAUCUGUGCGUGUGUGAUAGUCCGAAUCAGCAUGGGCAAGCGAAACCGCAGGCUCGACCUCCAGCCCAAGGAGCUCGACGACGGGUUCAGGUACAUGUACUAG